AUGUCUUCUAUUUCCGAAUCAUCCGUGCGGCGUGCCUGUGAGAGCUGCCGAGAGACUGUCAGGAGAAAGAGGAGGGCAUCUAGAUCGUCUUCUCCUCUGCCAGAAGUGACCCCAUCACCAACUUCACUGGACAAUGCAGUAGACGAAUACCGAGGGCGGCUGUACUUCCAGCCCCUGCCUCUCUUUGACCCUCAAGGUCUGAGAGAACGUAUCCAGAGAUCCCCCAUGUUUCUGCAAUGGAUCUUUCUCGCACUUGCUCUCUCGAAUCUUCCUUACGAUGCGAGCAGCGCCAAAGAAGCUGACCUUAUUCAUUCUCAUGCGAGGGCCGCGCGAGAUACAGUUUUGGAGCUUGCCAUGCGAGGAACAGCCCGGCUGGAAAUCUCACAGGCAUUGUGCUUACUCGCACUCGGCGAUAUACUUGAAGGAAGACCGGCCCUCGCUCUCAUGACGAUAGGAGCUGUCUGCAGACUUGAACUCGUCCGCGGAGCAGGAUACGCCGAAUCCCCCAGCGACGCCAGUCUACGAUGUUACUGGAGCGUCUUUAUUCUAGAAAAGGGCUUCACACCCCGUUUCACGCUUCUAUCUCAAACACACUCAAAGCCAGAAUAUCCUCGCAGCGCACGCGAACCCUCACCGCCAGCAUACAUAGGCGACGAAGAGUACGCGCCAGACUUGGUCACCAUCCGCGAUGACCUACGAACAGAUCCUGGAAUUACUUCACAUGCUUUACAAAGCAUGUCCAGCCAAGCGCACGACAACAACAUGAUAAGUUUCCAGCCGUCCAAGAUCUGGCAGCUCAUCGAUACGGAUAUAAUGGACGCUGUGGCGCCGCAGCCGACGAGCGGAGAAGCGGUGGGGAACCAGGCUGAUGCGUCCAAGACGACUGUGAGCGUGCAGACGACUUUUGUUCAUCCUGUUGGUGAGAGAAGGGCGGAGCAGCGGCAGACUAAUAUGGCUGAGAGUCUUGUGAGUGCGGGGGAUCUGUAUGAAGGGCUGGAGCAGUAUUCUUUGGAUAGUAUAUUUUCGCAACCCAUGUUUAUAGAUCAUGCGUGGUUGCAUGUAUAG